CAAUCCCUUCUUUUUCCCCUAUUCACCACCAUCAUCAAUCAAACCUUCUGAAAAGCAUCAGAAGCAUACUAGGAACCUGAUAUCCUACUAAACAAACAACUAUCUGAAUUCGUCACGAAGUCAAGAAAUUAGCCAAAAUGCCUUUCACCUGCAGUGAUAUCAUCAAGAUCUUCUUCGCCAUCUUCGUCCCACCAAUUGGUGUCUUUUUGGAGAGAGGAUGUGCCGUUGAUUUCUGGAUCAACAUCUUGUUGACAAUUUUGGGUUACAUUCCCGGUAUCAUUCACGCUUUGUACAUCAUCUUGAAGUAUUAAAAACUUCGCAUACCUUGUACGUUAGAUGAUUAUCGCUUUGCUUUUCCAAUUCAUACCAUCGAUCGAGUCGCUACCUUAAUAUAAUACCAUUACGUCUCAUCACAAAUCAUUUUCUAUAAGAAAAGAGUGGAUGGAAAGUUUAGAGCGGAGGGAUAUGCCCGUUUAGCCCGUCUCUUGGGGUAAGACCAUAUCGGCGUGAUCUUGUCAUCCUUUGUUUGAGACUUUCAAAGCUUCACGUUCAGCUUUCUC